AUGUCUGACGUUCAGAGCCGAUCUUCUGCGCGUGGCAGAGGAUCUACCCGUGGUGGUCGUGGUGGUUUCAGCUCUAGAGGUGGACGUGGUAGUAGCAACAGAUCUGCCAAUACCGACGCUUCAGACCUGCCCUCCUUCGACGAGAGUGAGAUUGGACAAAUGAAGAAGAAAUAUGCCGAUUCUCUGCCUACUCUCCGUGAAUUGUUUUCAGACUGGAAGGAUGAAGACCUUCUCUUCGCACUGGAAGACUCGAAUGGCGAACUUGAGGAAGCAAUUGAGCGCAUUACUGAAGGUAACGUUUCUCAGUGGGGUGAGGUCAAGAAGAAGACUACAGACCGAACCCGGCCCAAGGCCAAGGAAGUCCAGAGCACCCCAGCCGAACAAGCUGCGCCUGCCGCUCGUGGUGGUCGGGCUCGUGGUGGAUCAGAGGCCCGGGGUCGCGCUCGCCCAGAACGUGGUCGUGGCGGUCGUGGCGGUCGAGCAGGCGCUCACACAAAUGGCACUCGUGUGACUGGCACCGAGCCUGUGGCACCCGUUGCGACAUCCGAGGCUGUUCCGUCGACAACUGGAGGAGAAGCUGAGCCUGAACCAACGGCUGGAGAGUCUGCAGAAUCAACUGAGCCUAAGACCAGUGUGAUUCCAGAGGGUACAAAGAAGGGAUGGGCAAGUCUAUUUGCUAAGCCAGCGCCGCCGCCUCCGCAAAAGAAGCCCUCGGCUCCGGCUCCAGCCCCAGCUCCAGCUCCAGCUCCGGUGCCGGUGAGCGAGAAUGUCGAGAAACCUGCUGAGUCCGUGGAAGAGAAGAAGGCGCCAGAGCCCGAGCCUGCUGCAACCCAGAAAACGCCUGUUGCCAAACCCGCCGAGCCUGCCAUUCCUGUAAUUCCCACGGCAACUGCUAAGGCGCCCAAAGAUGAUUUGACUGAGACCAACCUGGAACAGAUCCCCGAUGUGUCAGCUCCAGCCCCGACUGCGACUGCAGCCAGCACCGUCGGUAGCGCUCUGGACCCUGCUGCUGCGGCGAACCUUACUCCUUCGCGUGCCCCUCCCUCUGGUCUUCCCUCAAGCGCCUUCAAGCCAGGUAGCCGUGCUCCUGGAUUCCAGCGUCGUGUCAUGGAACAGCAACAGGCUGUUGUCAUGCCCGGUAACCACGCUGUCGAUCGUGCUGCUGUCCAAUUCGGCAGCAUGGGCUUGAACGGUGAUGCUGUGGAUAUCGACGAGAACCGAGAGGAGGCUGAGACCCGUGCCCAGCCCCCUCAGCACUCGCCGGUUGCUCCUCGUGCCUCUCUUCCUCCCGUAACCCAAGGCUCUGCCGACGGUGCUGCCGCACGACCUGCACCUGGCCUGCCUCCAGUCCCCCAGGCCUCAUCUGACUCUUCCUUCGCCGACUUCACCCGCUACUCUGAGGCCCAGAAGCCUUACGACCCCUUCAACCCGCAAGCUGGUCAGCCCCAGCCUCAGGUUCAGGAACCAUUUGCUAACCAAGCUCCCGCUCAACCCACUGCCACUACCGGCAGCGAGUACUCUCCCUUCUAUGCUGCUGACCAGCAGCGAUUCCCUUACAACUAUUAUGGAAGCUAUGGUCAAUCUCAGGAUGUAGGCGCUGCACCCCGCGCUGCUCCUGGAUUUGGUGUGUCUGGCGCUGAGACUACUCCUCAGAUCCCCGCCGCACAGGCUCCUAGUCGCUACGGUCCUGUUGAUGCCACCAACAGUGGUCAAAACACCCCUAACCCCACUCUGCCUGGUGCCACUCAGGCUCCAGGCGCACAGCACUUGCCAGCCCAGAGCGCUUACGGCUAUGGCUACAACCCUUACUACACCAACCCUCACUACGCUUCGUACAUGAAUCAGAUGAACCAGCACCAGUAUGGCCGUAACCGCCCCAUGUUCGAUGAUGCACGCCGCUUCGAUGACCCACAGCAACAGCAGCAACAACAGCAGCAACAGCAACAGCAGCAGCAGCACUACGGCAUGCCCCAGAAUUCUCACUACGCCUAUGGAAACCAGUACGGUCCAUACGGAGGUAAGGGUGGCAUGUACGGUCAGCCUCAUGCUGCUUUCUCAUACGAUCACUCAUCAUCCCCUGCCAAUGCCGCUGCCACCUUCAACCAGAGCGUGCCGGGCCGCGACUCAGUCUAUGGCCGUACCGGCUCUGCGCAGCCUUCUGACAGCCAGCAGUCUGCUACUGGUGCUAAUGCCUUCAACGCUGGCAUGGAUGUUUUUGGCCGCCAGGCUAGCUUUGGACAGAACCAACCUGGUUCUCAGCAGCCCCCCGUGAGUUCGGAGGAGUCCAAGGGCUUCGAGGCUCCCAAGGCUAGUGGCCCGAGCCCGUCUUUGGCCCAGAACCGACCCGGCUCUGCCACCAACAGCGUUCCCGGUCAGCCGCAGGCCCAGACUGGGCUCCCGCCUCUGCAGAGCCAGCAGAGCCAGCAAGGUUUCGGAGGCUACGGCCACCUGAACCCCCAGUACGGUGGCCUGGGUGGUCUGGGCGGGCACCAGGGUGCCGCCUCGCAGACGGGCUAUGCCAACUACGGUGCUGGCUUCGGUAACUACUACGGUAACAACCGUGGUGGCUGGGGCAGCAACUACGGCCAUUAA